AUGGUGUCGGCUCCUCUCGUUCGGCCAUUCAUGGCGGCUCAUUCUUCACAUCCCGCGAGGCUUGCUCUGCUCCUCGUCCUCGUGUCGUUCGCAGCCCUUUCAGUCGACGCGCAGAGCUCCUACAGCAUUGCUGACGUUCCUCCUUCCUCCGCCUCCGCUUCUCCCUCGCCGUCCGCCUCUCCGCCGGCCCCUGUCCCUGCGCCUGCGAAUACGUCUACCUCGGCCUCGCUGCUUCUUCCGUCCGCCACUGACGGAUACGAACUGGGAGGCACGGCGGGUGGGAAUGGAUCCGACACUCGCAGUAACGGGUCGCUCAUUAGCGGAAUACUGGAUGGCGAAUAUGUCAGGUACCUGCAGGGGGGGCUGACGGCGAACGUGUGGGGGCAGCCGCUGGUGACAUCACAGCGCAACGCCGCCACCUUCCCUGCAAUCAACGCCCUGCUGCGGCAGACCAACAUUACCACCGCUCAAGACCAGUCCACCAUCCCCCUAUCCAACACGGACACGCUCUACGCAGCGGCAUGGUUGGACCUCGCCGCAGCUCCUCUACUGCUGUCCCUGCCGUUCAUCCCCCAGCCGCGCUACUACAGCGCGCUGCUGCUCGACCCCUACAGCGACGUGCUCGCUGUGUUCGGUGCCCGCACCCAUGGGGCCGGGCCGCUCGCUGUCACGGUGCAGUGGGAUGGGCAGGCGCAGGGGCAGGGGGGAGAGGGGAGCAACGCCAGUGAGGCAGGCGCAGCAGGGGGCGGGGAAGGGGGCGGGGGAGGGGGAGGGGGAGGAGGUGGGGGAGGGGGAGGGGGAGGGGGUGGGGGAGGGGGUGGGGUAGAGUCGAGCAGCAACGGCACGGCGCGCACAGUGCUGAGCGUGAGCAGCAGGACUCGCAGUGUGUUUGUGAUCGUGCGUGUGCUGGUGGCAGGGCCUGAUGACGUCACUCUGCUAUCGACCCUGCCUCCCUCCUCACCCCCUCCUCCCUGUGCCUCCCUUCUGCUCCCUAUCCCGCUCAUUCCGCCUCUCCUCCCCUCCCCAUCCCCCCUUCCCAGCAAUGUCACUCUGACACGGCCCGCCACCAACGCCCCCCCCACGCCCCUGCCGCCGCCUGACCUCUCUGAGCUGGCGGGGCUGCCAGAUGGCAUGCAGCGAUUGGUACUCAUCGACCGCACACUACAGGACAACCCGCCCGCCCAGGACCAGGCUAAUCUCGAGGCACUCAGCCAGCUGGCAGCCAUAGGGAUUGCCUCCUCCGCGCCGCCCUUCUCCCCCGCCGCCCUCUCGCCGCUGCAGAGCACAGCGCUCUCACAGGCGUACACAGUGGCGAAUGUGACAAUAAGGGGCGCAUACACGCUCAUGCUGCUGGGCGUGAACCGCUCCGUGGUCGUCAACCGCUGGCUCGCUGACACGUCGCUGGGCCACUACGGCGAUCGCUUCCUGUUCCGAGCAGCUUUCUCAUCCACCGGCGGGCUUGGAGCACUGCCAGCAGCAGAAUCCCUUUAUUUCUUCACGUGGCAGGGGCCCUUCGGCCUGCGCUACGACGGCAGCACCGCCAACUACUCGCUGCACCUCUCUCCACCGCCCGUAACCGCUUGCGGCUUCUGGUCGCUCACAGUGUAUGAUGCCGAUGGGUAUCUUCCCGAGGGCAUGUGGCGGAGCAGCAUCGGGGAUCGCACCAAGGGGCUCGUGUAUAACCCGGACGGCACUCUCACUGUGCCUAUCCAGCUGGCUGCGCCGCCCGAUGCGAAUGUGGGCGGCAACUGGCUGCCGACACCGAAUGCAACUUUUUCGGUGGUGCUGCGCGUGUAUUGCCCCACUGAGAGCGUGCUGAAUGGGGAGUGGAGGCCUGAGGCCGUGCAGGUGGUGUGA